GUACUUGGUCCUUGAAACAAACCCAAAAAAUUAUAAAUUUUAAUGUUAAACGAUACUGUAAAUGUCAUAUCAAAUCAGCUGGUUUUGACAUAUAACUUGCGAAGAAAAUAAUAGGUUGUUUAAAAAAUGUAUUUUUCGUGAUUUAUAAAUAAAAAUAUCUCUUUUAAAGAUGAAUUGUUAUAGAUUUUCUACUAAAUUGAAGUUUUCGUCACUAGUGCAAAGUAGUCGAGCAUUUAGUGUAUUAAGUAAUGGCGUGGAAUGCAGCAGAAGGGAGAUUUUUGUUCAGCAAUAUCCAAAACAUUUACAGAAGAAUAUCCUCACGCCUUUCACAUGCCAUAAAAGGACUUUAUCACUGGAUGGAUUUGUAAAAUGGCAAGAACAAACUUAUAGUAGCAUAGCAAACAGCUCUCUCGUGAAUUUUAUGCAAGAAGGGCUAUUGUAUGUCCAUGACACAACUGGUCUGCCUUGGUGGGCUACAAUAGUUACGUCUACAGUGUUAGUACGAACUUUGAUGACAUUACCCCUUACAGUAUACCAGAACUUUAUACUAGCUAAAGUAGAGAACAUAAGUCUAGAAUUAAAAGAUUUAGUCAAUGAGUUGAAGAAGGAAACAGCAAUAGCAAGGAAGGCGUAUAAUUUAACAGACAAGCAAACUGUGAUAUUGUACAGAAGAUCACUCAAGAAGCAGUGGCGGAAACUAAUAGAGAGAGAUAACUGUCAUCCCUUCAAAGCAAGUAUGGUUAUAUGGUUCCAAAUUCCUAUAUGGGUGUGCAUAUCUUUUGCCUUGAGAAACUUAGUGUACAUGCACCCACCAGAUCCUUCAGCUGUUGUGACGUUCAUGGAGCUCUCUGCCGGAGGGAUUGGUUGGAUUCCUAACUUAACAGAGCCAGAUCAUUCUCUUAUAUUACCUGUAGCAUUUGGACUGAUCAAUUUGGCCAUCAUUGAAAUACAAAGUGUAUCAAAACUAAGACAGCCAUCUAAAAUGUACAAUGUGUUUACAAAUGUAUUCAGAGUAUUUUCUGUGGUGAUGAUACCAGUUGCAGCAAGUGUGCCCUCUUGUAUGUGCUUGUAUUGGGUAACUUCAAGUGGUUUUGGCCUUAUGCAGAACUUGAUGCUGCUUUCCCCAGCAUUGAGAAGAAAGUUGAAGAUACCAGAGGCACCAAGUGAACUUGAAAAUCCCUAUAGCCAUAUAAAAGGAGAACUUAGUGCUAAGUUACAAAGAAUUGUACCUAAAAAGUUAAAGUGAAUCUUGUUCUAAGUGAUCAUAUAGUUUCAUAAAGUACCUAUUUUGUAUUAAAAUAAAAGUUUGGACAAUU